AUGAAAGAAUUUGAAGAAGAACAUAAAUUAAAUAGAAAGGUUAUAAGAACAAUAAAAAAUCUCAUAAAAAUAGGAUCAAAUAUUUAUCAUAAAAUAAAUAUUUUAUUUUAUUAUUUGCUCGUUUUUUGGAAUUAUGUUUUGUGCUUCUUAAAAAAUACAUUCUCAUUUUUCAAAAGUUACUCAACGCUUUUUAUUUUUAUUUUUUUUUUUAUAUCAGUUAAAAUAUAUUUAUAUUUUCUUUUGACAAAUUCUUCAUUUUUUUUUAUAAAAUAUUUAAAGGAGCCUUUUAUAAUUAACACAGAUAAAAUAUAUUUUACAAAUGAAAUAAAAAAUCAAAAUUAUAUUAACAACGACAUUUAUGUAAACCCUAUUAUUUUAGAAGAAGAUACAUAUAAAAAAUUUAUUAAAGAAUUUACAAACAAUGAGAACAAAAAAAUUAAAAUUUCACUUGAUGAAUUAAUUCGAUAUGACAGUAAAAAAAUAAUAAACAAGUUCAAUUACAAAAAAAAUUUAGAUAAAUAUUACUUUCAUAUAUUAAGACAAGUAUUAGAGAUCUAUAAAUAUUUAUCAACAACAAAAUUUAAGUUAUAUGAGAUAUACAGAACAGGAAUUCACAAUUUUUUACAAAAUUUUAUGAUAAUUAAUAAACAAUAUAAAAAUAAGAAAAAAUUUAAAAAAAAAUCUUUGUCAUUAAAAAAUAUUGAACUUGAAAAUAGCAUAUUAAAAAAAGAGGUAAGUAAAUAUGUUGAUAUAAAUAUAAAAGAUUUUUUACUUAUUAAUAAUAAUUGUGUUAUAAAGUACAAUAAACAGGGAAAUUUAAUAGACAUAAUUUAUUAUAAUUUUUUAAAAAAAUAUUUUCUUCCAUAUUCAUACAUAUUUGUUAAUAUAUAUGUGUUUUAUAAUUCUUUAAAAUUUUAUGUAAUAUGGGCAUUUGUAUAUUACAGAAAAAAGCUUUACAUAAGCACAAAAAUUAUUAUAUAUAUUCAUCGGGGUUUAAGAGCAGAUAGUAGAAAUAGAUAUAAUAAUAGAACACAUAAAGAUAUUAGAUGUAACAAUUUAAAACAUAUUAAAAUACUUAAAAUUGCAAAAAUAUAUAAAAAUUAUAAGUGUUCUAAAUGUUAUAUAAAUCAUUGCCUGAGUAUUUUUAAUAUAAGCAAAAUUAAUAUGUGCAGUAUAGCAAAAAUUACAUUUUUUUGCGGAAAUAGAAAAAUUUAUUUUUUUGAAAAUUUUAUUAAUAAAUAUUUAUUAAAUUUCAUUAUUGCAAAUAUAUUAUGGAAAGAAAACAUUUUUUUAUGGAAAUAUCUAAAAAAUUGUAAUAAAAAAAAUCUUUUGAAUAAAGAUUAUUCAAAUUUUAUAACAGUCUUAAAUAAAAAAUAUAGUAACAAAGUAUUGAAUAAAUUUUUUGGAUAUAUAAAAAAUUUUUUUUUUAAGAUUUGUGGGAGCAUUUUCAACGAAAUAGAAAGUAUAAAUUUUUUUUUUUAUCUUCAUAUACUUUUUACAUGUUUUUUAAAAUACAUUUUCUUACUUACAUAUAUAAGAAAGAAGUAUUUUUUAAAGAAAUUUCAUAAUUUUUUGAAUAAUACUUUAUAUCACAAUAUAAAAUUUUAUAGUAUGAUCAGAUAUACCAAUAAUAAACAUGAGAAUAAAUGCAGAAAAAUGAAUUAUAAUAUUUUAGAUAAAAAAAACAAAUCACAUAAGAAUCAAUUUGAUGAUUCAGAAAAAGUUAUGUUUAGGAAUAAAAAUAUUGAUUAUUUUGUUGAGAAAAUGAAUUUAAAUAUUAAAGAUGAUCGUAAAAUAAAAUUGAAGAAAAUAAAUAAAAGUAAAAAUAAAAAUGAAGAAUUAACAAGUGAAAAUAAUAUAAAAAAGAAAAUAAAUGGAAAUUUCAUAAAAAAUUAUAUUAUUUUAAAAAGAAUUAACGAGAAAAUUGUAAAUAAUUUAAAAAAUAUUUUUGAGAAAAUUGUAACUAUUGAAGGAUUAACAAACAUUAAUAAUUAUAUUAAUAUUAAGAAGAAAUUGGAAAAAUACCAAGAAAAUAAUAAUAUGAAUCAUAUUUUUUCAUCACACGAUGAAAAUAAAUUUUAUUAUAAUAUAUCAUCUAACAUUAUAAAUAAUGUGAUAUAUAGAAAUAAAAAUAAUGAUUAUAUAAAUGAAAACUUCUAUAAAAUGCUACUGAAUACUUACAAUAAUGGAUAUGAAUAUUGUAACGAUUAUAAAUAUAUUUUAAAUAGAAAACAUGCCCCUUAUUUUCAAAAAGACAUUUAUGAUAGGUUGAAUUUGCAUACUGAAAAAAGAAACGGAUAUUAUUCGGAUGAUCAAAUAAAAAAAUUAGAAACAUUAAAAAAUGAAUUGUAUUCUAAUAGUAAUAUGGUUAAUAUUUCUUUGAUGAGCAAAAAUAAAAUUUAUAAAAGAAUGUUGAGUGAAGAAAAUAGUAGUGACCUUUUUAGAAGUAAAAUUAUAAAUGAUAAAGCAAAAAAUAUAGGAAUAGAUACAAUUAAAAAUAACAAAUAUGUAAAUAUGAAUGAAAAUAAUAAAAAUUAUGAACCACAUUUUUUUAAUGUAGAUGAAAUAAAAGAUAUGCCUAAUUCUGAAGAAAAAGAAAAUUUCUUUAUGUGUAAGAAAAAAGAAAGCAAUUUUUUUGAUUUUGAUUUAAGUUGUACAAAUGAUAAAGAAAAUGUACUUCAAGAUGAUGUAAUAUUGUAUAAUGAAAAAGAUUUAAAUAAUAAUUUAGAGAUUUUUAUGAAUAAUGAUCUUACUAAUAGAAAUAAUAUAGAGAGAAGGAAUAUAUUAUUUCCAUAUAAAGAAAUUAGAGAUUUAAAUAAUAACGACUUGAAUAUUACUGAAUAUUAUCAAGAUAAAUAUUUUUAUGGGCAAUAUAAAUAUGACGAUUCUUAUCAUAUCUAUGAUCUGAUAAUAUUAGAUAUAUCCGGGUAUAUAUAUAAAAUUUCAACAGAUGGAAAUUACUAUUGGAAACGUAAAAUUGUAAAAAAUAUACAUAAUUAUAUAAAUUUUGAUGAGGAUGAAAAAGAAGAAAAAUAUUAUAAAACUAUAAAAAAUGAAAGUGAAAAUAAAACAUUUAAAAAUAAUUUAAUGAAAAAUAAUUAUGAUGCAGAUAAUGAAUUAAAAUUAAGAGCUAUAAAAAAUCUUCAUUAUAAUAAAUACUCAUAUUUAUCGAAAAAAAAUUAUGAAAGUCAUGCACUGUUAAAAGAUGAUGAAAAAAGUGUUAUUGAAAAGGUUACUAAUGAUAAUAUACAAACAAAAAAUUAUAAGGAUUUAAAGAAAACUAAAAAUAUAAAUAAAAGAUUACUUUCAAGUUAUAAUGGAAAUUUAUAUUAUGUUAAUGAAAAUAAUGAGACAAUACCUUUAAAUAUAAAUAUUAAAGAUGUUGUAAAUAAUUCUCCUUUUAAAUCACCUCUUUUUCCACAUAUAAUAUUUAUAGGAUCUAGGUUUUCUAGAGUGAUUAACUUAGAUUAUGAUACUGGGGAUAUAAUAAAAAAAUAUGAUGAUAAUUUUAAUAAUUUAUCAGAAAAAAAAAAGGGAAAUAAUAUAUCUAACAAGAAUAAAAGGAAUAUAGAAAAUACUUCAGAAAAAAAAAAAAAUGUUUUAACAAAUGGAUAUUUAGAAUUUUUUCUUAAUAAAUCGAAUAGAUCAAAAUAUAAUUACAGUUUCAGUCAAAAACAAUUUCAAGAAAGAGAUAUUUCACUUAAGACAGCAAAUAUAUAUAGAGAUAAUUAUGCUAAUGAAAAUAACCAGGAUGACUCUUUCAAUAUAUUAAAUGAAUAUAAUAAAGAAAAUGAUUUAUACAAAUAUUUAUCACAAAAAGAAAAAGAUGGUAAUAAGUAUAAACAAAAAAAUGUACCUUAUAAAUUAAGGAAAAGAAAAAAUAUGAUUAAAAAUCUUAUUAAAAGGAUAUAUAAAAGGAGUUUAUUAGUUAAAUGUUCAUAUAAUGAUAAAUUAGAAUUAUUAAGAAAUAGAAAAGGAAAAGAAAAAAAAAAAAAAAAGAGAGAAAAAAUGCAGUUACAAAUAAGUAUAGUUAAAUGGAUUAUAAAAGCGGUUGAUGAAAAUUCUUUAAAAAAAAAAUGGAUAACUACAUGGGUAGAUAUUGGUUCGAUUUUUAUAACAGAUAGCCAUAAGAAAGAUACAUCAUUUAUUAAUUCUUUAAUAGAAAUUAUUGGGAAUAAGUUAAUAUUACGACCAAUAGAAAGUGAUAAAAUAAAAAAUACUUAUAAUGUUUCAAAGGAUAGAAAUAGUAAUGUGUAUGAAGAAGUACAUAUUUUAAAAAAAAAUUCUAUUAAAGAUAUACAAAAUAAAAACAAAAGGAAAAAAAAAGUAAAUAAAAUAAAUUCUAAUGUAAAAUCGAAAAAUUUUAUUUUUUCAGAGUCCAUAUCAUCUGCAUUUGCAGUAAAAUAUAAGAAUUCUUCUAAUAUUUUAACGUUAGAUUUAAUAAUGAAGCAAAAUAUAAAUUUCUUAUCAGAGUACGAUAAUUUAAAAAGUUUCACAUAUAAUCCAGUUAAUUUUAAGAAACCGAACACUCUUUUUUUACCUUUAUCUAAUGAUGUUUCAAACAAUAAUGAAAGUGCAUCUUGUAACUUUGAUGAAAACAUAAUAUAUGGAAAAAAGUUAUUACACCGAUUGAAUAAUAUAUCUGUCAAUAUAACAUCAAUUGAAAAUGAUAUAAAAUAUCUUUUAUCAAACAUUAUAUUUAUUUAUGAUAAACAUAAAAAGAUACCUAUAGAUUAUAUAUAUGAAAUGCAAAUUUUAAUACAUGAAUAUCACAAAACAAAGCAAAAAUUCUUAUUUUAUUUACCAGGAACAAUAAAUAAAAAAUAUUUAAGUUAUCCCUAUAUCACAAAAAAUGAAGGAACUACCCAUUUAUGUGAAUACAUAAAUAAAUUCAUUGAUUUGUAUUUUGAAGAAAAUGAUAUAUGUUUUGAUUAUUGUUCUAUGCUAAAUAUAUGGGAUAAAAUAUUUAAUAAUUAUGUUACUGAUGAUGAUUGUUUACUACUAUCAAAUUUAUAUAGAGUUGUUCAAAAUGCAUUUGCUUAUAACAACAAAGAAUUUAAUUAUUUAAGUAGGAAUAGUACAUUACCAGAUAAUGAACCUUUUUUAGUUAAAAAGAGAAAAAGGAAUGUAGUUAGUUCAAGAAAUCAAGAAUUAAAAGAAUUUUCUUCUAUAAAAAAUAAAAGGGGAUGGUAUUGGAAUAUGCUAUAUACAAUUAUACUAAUAUUUGUUUUUCCAUUUUUAUUUAUUUAUAGAAUAUUCAAAAAAAAAAAAAGUAAUGAAGAUAAAGCAAUAAUAAAAAAAAAAAAAUUAAAUGAUUAUGAUCAGAAUGUAUAUGAUGAAUUAGAUAUAAAAUAUAAUUUAUUAUAUGAAGAUAAGUUAAAAUUCAAAAAUAUUAUAAGAGAAAACAUAGAUAUGGAAGAUCCAAAAAUAGAGUUAGAUGUAGAUAUUAAAAAAGAUAAUAUUAAAAAAAUUGGAUCCCUUGAACAACCAACCUUAAUUGAUAUAUUAGCUAGACAUGCAAGAGAUACUAACAAUAGUAAUUACUAUGAAUUUAAUGGGGGUAGGUUUAAUCUAUUGCCGUUACAUUAUGGGAGGGAUUCUGAAUAUAGUUUAAAUAAUAUUCUGAAUGUAAAAUCUAGUAAAAAUAAAUCAAGUGAAACAAUUAAAUCGGAUAUUGUUAGUAAAAAGAUGUUUCAUGUGUAUAGAAGAAGAGCUGCAUCUCAAGAUAUAACAAAUAAAUAUUCUUUUAUUGUAAAAAAAAAAAUUCGUAGUAACUACAAAUUAGGAAAUAAAAAUUAUAAAAAGAAUUAUACAGAUAAUGAAAGAGAUAAAAAAUUUAAUCGAUUAAAAGAAAAACAAAUAAAUGAAAAAGAUUUUGAUAAAAAUGAUUUCAUUGGAUUUUUAACUACUUUUAAUAAAAAAUUUAUGAAAAAAAAUCCACAAGUAGACCAUUUAAUAAAAAUAAACAAGACAACUAUUGAUAAUGAUGAUUAUAAUAGUAAUAGUGAGAGUAUGAGAAAUUCUGAAAAGAGAAAUAAAUAUGUAAAUAGUGAUAACGAAAACAAAAAUAACCUAAAUAAAAAAUAUGCAACAAGGAAGUGUACUUUAGAAGAUAAUCAAAUGAAUGAAGAGAAAAAAAAUAAGAAAAAAAAUUCCAAAGAUAUAGAAAGUGGUUACGUUAAUACAGGUAAACAAAACAAUAAUAUUAAGAAUAAAAUAGAAAAUAUAGUAAUUAAUAAUAAUGAGAAAAAAAAUAACAAAUGUUCAAGUAUAAGAAAUAUAUCUUUAGUUAAAACAUCUCACAUUCCUUAUGAUGCACCUCUAGCUGAUUUUUUAGAAAAUGGAAGAUUUAUGAGAACCUUUGAAAAUAUUUCUCUAAUAGGCCAAGGAGGUUUUGGUUCAGUUUAUAAAGUAUCACAUAGGCUUGAACCAGGUUCCCCAACAUAUGCAGUAAAAUUUAUUUUUUUAAAAGUAAGUUCAUUAGAUAAUGUUAGCUCAAGAAGAUAUUUUCGUGAGAUUGCAGCAAAUAGAGAUAUCUAUAGUAAACAUGUUGUACGUUAUUAUACAUGGUGGUGUGAAGAACCUCAGUUUUUACCAAUGCAUUUAAUGCCUAAAGAAAUUCAAAAUUUAGUUAAAAAGAACAAAGAUUCUUUUAAAAAGUAUUAUAUAAAAAAUAAAAAAAAUAAUAAUUUUAGUGACAGCUAUGAAAAAUUGAAGGCGUGGGAAACGGAAGGAAAUGAUUUAAAAAAUUAUAAAAAAGUAAUUAAAAAAAAAAAUGGAGAUAAUUUAAAAUUUUUUAGUGAUAAUGAACUGAAUUCAAAAAAAAGAACUAAUAAAAAAAAGAGGAUUUUAACUGAAAAAGGUUUUUCAAAUGAUUUCAAUAGAAAUAAAAAUAUGAAAACAAAAAAAAAAAAAAAGAAAAAAGGAAAGAAAGUAAAGCUUGAAGAAAAACAAAAUUUCGAUGUCAUUGACCCAAAUGAGAAAUAUGCAGCUUUCCAUGAAAAAAAUAAUCAUAUGUGUUUUGUAUCAAGUUUUCAAGAAUAUGAUCCAUUUGAUAAUGGAUAUUUAAGUGAAGGAAAUAGAGAUUUAAUUGUUUUUGCAGAAAAUGAGGAAGGUAAUGUAUGUAAUAAUAAUCAAGAAAUAACAAACUAUGAAAAUAUACCGGACAAUAAUAAUAAUAAAAGUAUUCUUACAGGUAUAAGUAAAAAUGGUGAUAAAAAAGUAUAUAGACAAGAUGAAAUAAAAAGCCAUUUGAAACAUAGCAAACUUGACGAAAAUGUUAAAUAUAAUAUAGAUGAUAAUGAUACAAAUAAAAAAUCAUUUGAUAAAACAAAUGUACAGAGUAGUAAUGCUAAUACUAUAUUACAAAAACACAAUAUAGAGGAGUAUAACAUAAAUUCUUCUAUGCAUAAUAUUGACCGUAUUAAUAAUAAUGAUAAAAAAUCCAAUUUAUAUGAAAAAUUAAAUAAAAGAACAAAAGAUGAUUAUAAAAAUGUCUCUCAUAUAAAAAGUGAAUAUUUUCAAAAUAUAAAAAAAAAAGAAGCAAAUAACAAAAAGAGUGAAAAAGAAAAAGAAUAUAAAGAAUUAGAAAAUCAAAAUGGAAAUGCUGAUAAAAUAAGAAAUUAUAAAAAAAAGAAUGUUGAUCCUGAAUUUUCAAUAGUCUUAUUAUUACAAAUGGAAUUGUGUAAAGGUUAUACACUUCGUAAAUGGUUAGAUAGAUCAACAAGAAGUGAUAAACCAUUACAUUUUACUUACUGUGAAAAAAAUAUGAAUCAUCCUUUAGAGUUUGAUUUAUUUAAGCAAUUAAUUAAAGGUUUAAAAGAUAUUCAUUCAACAUGUUUUAUUCAUAGGGAUUUAAAGCCAGAAAACAUUUUUGUUGAUCCAGAUACACAUACUUUAAAAAUAGGAGAUUUAGGAUUAGUUAGAUUUAUUGAAGAAAAAAAAAGAGAAAAAGAUAUUAAUAAUAAAGAUUCCAUAAAAGAUAAUAUUUAUGCACAAGUUAAUCAAAAUACUUUAACAAGUCAAAUUUCCUUAAAAGGGCAAAUCAUAGGAACACCAGGAUAUACAGCACCAGAAGGAGGAGCUUUAUGUGAUGAAAAAGCAGAUAUUUAUAGUGCAGCUUUAAUAUUACUAGAAUUAUUAUGCCCUCGUUUUAAUACUAUAAUGGAAAGAUAUAAAAGGUUAAAUGAUUUUAGAAAUUAUUAUACUGUACCUGAUUAUGUUAAAAUUCAUUUAAACCCUUGGUACAUUUUAAUGUUACAAAUGUCUAAACCUAAUCCCGCUGAUAGACCAUCAGCUUCAGAUUUAUAUAGUAAAAUAAAAGUAUUAUUGGAUCCUCAUUUAACAGAUUUUGCUUUUAGUUUUAAUGACAUUAAUGCUGACAAUGAAUGUAAUUCAACUCACUUAACUAUAAAUAAUAAUAUUCAUAAUAAGGACAUUGAUAAUAAUGGCAAUAUUAGUAAUAGUAAUAAUAAUAGAAUUAUUGAUGAUAACUAUAACAUUAUUAACAAUAAUAAUACAAAAAUUAAUAGAAGUAGCUUUAUAAAUGAUAAUAAUAUUGGUAAUAAUAAUAAUAAUAAUAAUGUUUUAGUAAAUGAAAUAAACUAUAAAAAAUCAAAAUAA